CUUCUCCUGCCCUGCUCCCCCGGCUGCACCUGCUCUGUCCCCGGCUCGCCCUGCCCCCGGCUGAGCUCCCGCCGACUGACGUCAGGAUGCGAUGGCCGUGACCGCCCGUCCCGGUGCUUCGCGCUCGCCGGCAGCCGCCGAGCAACGCAGCCACCGCUGCCUGGGCUGCUGAUCUGCUCCUGCUGCUGCCACUGGUGAUCCCGCUGCUGCUGCUGCAGCUGGCACUGCUGGUAUUGCGACUGCUGCUGCUGCUGCAGCUGCAAUCCAUCUCCCGGAACAGCCAGCACCAAGUUCUCCAGGCUGUCCGCAGAAUGCGGCAGGAGUCCCAGAGGUCACCGCAGCGAGACUGAGCGUGGACACCGACAAAUAACAAGCCAAGGUCGUUGGGGAUUUGUAAAAGCAACCUUUCCAGGUUUCUUUUCCGCUUUGCUCGCCUCACCCUGCUGUUGGAUUUGAGAUCAUGUCAGUUAAUAUUGUAGCUUUUGGGAAUGAAAGAGAUGGUUUUUCUGAGGACAGCCAGCAGCCCAGCCUGAUCUGGAGCUAUCUCGGGAGAAGUGCUCUCAUUUCCCAGAUCGACAGCAGCUUGUCUGCCAGUCACGUUGGAAACCCAGUUUUUACUGAAUAUCAAGCCUGCGUGUUUGGAAAUGUCAGACUGGUGGUACACGACUGUCCUAUCUGGGAUAUAUUUGCCAGUGACUGGUACACCUCUUGCAGACUCAUUGGAGGAGCUGAUAUUAUUGUGAUUAAAUAUUCUGUCAAUGACAAGACUUCAUUUCAAGAACUAAAGGACAGUUAUGUCCCAAUGGUAAAAAAAGCAUUAAACCACUGCUCAGUUCCAGUAAUAAUUUCUGCUAUUGGUGCAAGAAAAAACGGAGUACCUUGCACCUGUCCCCUGUGCACUUCAGACAGGAGGAGCUGUGUCACAACAUCUGAGGGAGUUCAACUUGCAAAGGAACUUGGAGCCACUUACCUGGAACUGCACACUCUUAAUGACUUCUACAUACAGAAGUACUUUGGAGGAGUGCUGGAAUAUUUUAUGAUUCAAAGUUUGAAUCAGAAGUCAUCUGAAAAAAUGAAGAAAAGGAAAAAGAUUCAGAAGUGCCAUCGAGUCCAACCACCUCAGCUUGAACAACCAGAAAAAAUGCCAAUCCUGAAGGGUGAAGCCUCUCACUACAACACAGACCUGCACAACCUGCUCUGUGGCUGCCAGUGCGCUGACGUGGCCUUCUACCCCGAGGACCUCAGCACAGUGGCGGAGGCCCACAAGGUCAUCCUCUGCUCCGUCAGCCCCCUCUUCAUGCUGCUCUUCGGGGUGAAGAGCCCUGCCGACAUCCCUGACACCUCCAUCGUGCAGAUGGCGCGGAGUCUCUUUGCUGUGGAGGCGGGAGCUGCCUCCCCCCUGACCCCCUAUGGAGCCCCACCCUGCAUCCUGCCCAUCAGAGUGGUGGUGAAGGACUCUGUCUUCUGCUCUUGUCUCCCUGACAUCCUCCUCUUCAUUUAUUCAGGUGCUUUCCAGUGGGAACGAUUAGAAGAGGAUAUAAAAAAGAAGUUGAAGGAUCCAGAAAAAACUGAACAAGUGCUUGAGAAAGUCAAAUGCAUCCUGAAAACUCCAGGGAAGCAAAACUCUGUAAAGGUCUGCAGGUCUCACCAGAUAAAACAACUGUAUAAUACUUCCCUCAAGCUGUUCUUUAACACACCUGUCCUAGCUGAUGUCAUCUUCAAAAUACAAGGUGCAACUGUACCAGCCCACAGGGCAGUUCUGGUGGCUCGCUGUGAGGUUAUGGCAGCUAUGUUUAAUGGUAAUUAUCUAGAGGCAAAUAGUGUCCUAGUUCCAGUGUAUGGGGUUUCCAAAGACACUUUCCUCUCCUUUCUAGAGUAUCUUUAUACCGACUCCUGCUGCCCAGCCAGUAUUCUCCAAGCUAUGUCUCUGUUGAUCUGUGCAGAGAUGUACCAAGUAAUGAGACUUCAGCAUAUUUGUGAGCUUUAUAUUAUCACUCAACUCCAGAGCAUGCCUAGCAGGGAACUGGCAUCCACCAGUCUCAGUAUUGUUAACUUGCUCAAAAAAGCUAAGUUUCACAAUUCUGAUUGCCUUUCAACAUGGCUUCUUCAUUUUAUUGCCACUAACUACCUCAUCUUCAGCCAAAAACCUGAAUUUCAAGAACUUUCAGUGGAGGAGCGCAAUUUUGUAGAGAUGCACCGAUGGCCUUCCAAUUUGUACCUGAAGCAGCUUGCUGAUUACAGGAACUAUAUCCACUCUCAGAAGUGCCACUGCACAGUAAUGUAAGGAGACUGAGCACAUGCAAAGUGCAUCUUGACUGUGAAAUCUCGGAUUGGGGAUUAUACAGAAUAUAAAAAUCAUGUCAAGAGUGAAACCAGAUGCUGACCUCCUCUGGAACGCUCCAUGCCAUGCUGUAGUGCACUGACAGACAUUCUUCGUUUUGCUGAUAAAUCAUUCUAUUUUUUUUCUUAAAUCAUUGCUAAAUGCAUCUUGAAGAUUUAUUUCAAGCACAAAGACUUCCUAUCUGUGGGGAUUAAAUGUAGUAUGGGACAGCCUCAUCUGUUCCACCUUCUAAUUUCUUUAUUGUUUAUUUUACUGAUUUUCAUGGUUAUUUAUGGCUGCUAAACUCGAAUCUGUUGAAAAAAAGACUGGUUUUGUAAAUCUGUUUAUAAUAGCACAGUAGCAGCGCAGGGAAGCUGAGAAGCCAAAUCGUAAAUUCCUUAUACAUUUCAGAAUGCAAAAAUUUAUUGCAGCAUUUGUUGGUUUGCAAGAUAAAGGAUAGGCUUAAUAAGCAUUUUAGUUACUAUUAGUUGUCUAUUUCAAGAUUAGUCUGUAGUUCUCUUACAAUCCUGUGAGUAGAUACUUUAAUCCUAGAGAAAUGCGUAUACAUCACUGUAUUCUCUAGUGCCUCCCAAAUGUCUAAAAAUUGAAAUAAUUUUUCCUGCCAGUAAAUAGGAGAAGAAAGCCUGUUUUAACAAUCUGUAAA